AUGCUUCAAUAUCAGCUGACAUGGGUAAUAUUGAUCGCCGUUUUGGCGUCUCAGUCAUUGGCAGAAGACAAAUCCAAUGAAACUCGCCUUCGACAUGGACAUCAAAAUCAAUCAAAGUCAGUGACGGUGGUGAAGGAAGACGAACAGGCUCGGAAUCUGACUAACGAUGAGAACACUGCCAUUUUGUUUUUGUCCGAACUGCAAGAUGCUUUGUUCCAGGAGAUGGUGGAUUUAGAGAAUGCGACUCAAUUCUACUACAACCAAACUACAAUUGUCUUUACUGAUAUGGUGGUAAGUCUUUUCCUUUUUUGUUGAUGUUUAGGUAACAGUUGUAGAGAAAGUGGAUGCUAUUGGUGAUGAAGGUGGGAUUUCAGGCGCUUUUCUGAUUUCUUGAAAAAUUGCAGAACGACCCAUGUGUACGGAAUGGAAACUCGACUGUGCCAGCCAUUAUUGCCUUCGUUCUCGGCCUAAUCGUGUACCCAUUGCUCAAGUGUGUGUGUGUAUCAGUUUGCCAGAGGACUCGUCGUCGUGCUCAGAAACGCUACCUCCGUGGACGUGCUAUGGGCCGUGACCAAGCUGAUUUGAACAAACUUAUCGACCAGGCUGUUCAGGACAAUUCGGACUUAGAUUUGUAA